AUGGGAGCGUUGUUCUGUGCAAGCACAAUACGCAGAAUACGUAUUGCAUUGACACAGACUGUAUCUCUCUCUCUCACCAAUGCUGCUGGAAGCUCCGGCGACUUCCAUGCUCUCCGCGACGCUCUCAACAAGCGCAUCCAAGACAACUGCUUCAACACAAAGUCCAUCUUCGACUUCAUCACCGACGAAACCUUCUCCUUUUCCCUCCUCAACCACCUCCUUCAAACCCUAUCCACCCUCAACUGCAGCGUCACUCGCAAGAACGCGUUCGAUUCCCUCAUCACGUGCCUUGCAAGCUCCAACGCGUUGAUGACACGUUCCACGUCAUCAAAUAUAUGGCACAUACUGAUGCCGAAGGCUGCCGCCCCAGUGCGACCACCUUCUACCCCGUCCUGA